AUGGCAGCCAACGGCAAGACCAAGUUGUCCAAAAAGCUGCUUCGCAUGAAGUUCAUGCACAGGCGACUGGAUUCAGAAACCAAGAAACAACUAGAAACAGAAGAAAAGAAAAUCAUUAACAAAGAGCACUGGUACUUGGAUUUGCCAGAGCUAAAAGAGAAAGAGAGUUUCAUAAUAGAAGAGCAGAGUUUCUUGAUAUGUGAAGAUCUUCUCUACGGAAGAAUGUCAUUCCAAGGAUUUAAUCCUGAAGUUGAGAAUUUAAUGCUUCAGAUGAAUGCUAAAAAUAAAGCAAAAGAAGUUGAAAAUGAAAAGAUGGAGCUCGAUGUGUCAGAUAAAGAAAUGACCAGAAGCUAUGAGACCUUGGUGGGGACAAUUGGGAGAAACUUUGCCAGAAAAAGAGAUCGUGCCAACUAUGAAGAAGAUGAAAAUGGAGACGUAAGACCAAUGAAAGCAAAGACGGUCUUAAAGCCCCAAGAUUAA